UAUAAAGAUGGAAAAGUAUUGCUUUCUGAGAGAUGCAAACUGCUUCUUGGGCUUAUGCUAUUAUCUUCCUUCCAAAAUGCCACAGUUUCUCUAUCUGGCUCUCUUGACACUUGGGCUUCAUGCUACAAUUUAUUGUGCAUCACUUAACAGUUCUGAAGGCAAAGUAACCACCUGCCAUUUGCCCCAACAAAAUGCCACUCUUUAUAAGAUGUCGUCUAUCAAUGCUGACUUUGCAUUCAACUUGUACCGGAGGUUCACUGUUGAGGCUCCAAAUCGGAAUAUCUUUUUCUCCCCUGUGAGCAUUUCUGCAUCUUUGGCCAUGCUUUCCUUUGGGACCUGCCCCAGCACCCAAACUCAGAUUCUGGAGGUCUUGGGGUUCAACCUCACAGACACUCCAAUGUCAGAGAUCCAGCAGGGCUUCCAGCACCUAAUUUGUUCACUGAACCUUCCAAAAAAAGAACUGGAAUUGCAGAUGGGAAAUGCUCUCUUCAUUGGGAAGCAACUGAAACCACUGGCAAAAUUCUCGAAUGAUGUCAAGACUCUCUAUGAGACUGAAGUCUUUUCUACUGACUUCUCCAAUAUUUCUGUAGCCCAGGAAGAGAUCAACAGUCAUGUGGCGAAGCAAACCAAAGGAAAAGUUGUGGGUCUAAUCCAGGACCUCAAACCAAAUACCAUCAUGGUCCUUGUGAGCUACAUUCAUUUUAAAGCCCAGUGGGCAAAUCCUUUUGAUCCAUCCAAGACAGAAGAAAGUUCCAGCUUCUUAGUGGACAAGACCACCAUGGUACGAGUACCCAGGAUGCAUCAGAUGGAACAAUACUAUUAUCUGGUGGAUAUGGAACUGAAUUGCACAGUCCUGCAAAUGGACUACAGCGAGAGUUCCUUGGCACUCAUUGUCCUUCCCAAGGAGGGACAGAUGGAGUGGGUGGAAGCAGCCAUGUCAUCUAAAACACUAAAGAAGUGGAAUCGCUUACUGCAGAAGGGGUGGGUUGAAUUGUUUGUUCCAAAAUUUUCUAUUUCUGCCACAUAUGAUCUUGGAGCCAUGCUUUUGAAGAUGGGCAUCCAGGAUACCUUUGCUGAAAAUGCUGCUUUUCCUGGACUCACAGAGGAUAGUGGUCUGAAGCUUUCCAAUGUUGCCCACAAGAAUGUGCUGCAUAUUGGUGAAAAGGGUACUGAAGCUGUAGCUGUCCCGGAAGUCAGAUUCCUGGAUCAGCCUGAUGUAACUCCUUCUUAUCCUAUCAUCCAACUUGAUAGACCCUUCCUGCUGUUGAUUUUGGAGAAAAAUACUAGAAGCAUUCUCUUUCUAGGGAAAGUUGUGGACCCAACACAAGUGUAGUUGGAAAAGAGGCCAUUGGCUAAUAACAUGUGUGUAUUACAAAAGGAAAUAAAUAAAUUAUGUAGCCUGAUAUAAUUAUUAUGAGCUUUGACUUGCCUUCCCUUGUGCAUGGGUAGAGAUUGAACCCUGGAAGAACUUCACUGUCUUUGAAAGAGGCUAAUCCUAUGGCCAAAAAUCAUUCAUAUAUUCAAUGAGUGACAUUUUAUUAUCCAAAGCAUGGGAAGGCUCCAUAUUAGUGUUCCUUUUUGUCAGAGACCUCCCGUUCCCCACUCCCUGUCAAUUAGUUAACUCCAAGAAAGUUGACUGGGCUGACAAAUGCUCCCUCCCCUGCCUUUUGGAAAAUAGUUAUAAUGUAGGCAAAGUCCUCAAAUCUCAAUAUUCCAAUAGUAAGAUAAAUGAACAUAAUAUAAUGCAAGUGCAGUGACUUAUAUGUAAAAUUCUCAGUCUCCUUCCUUCCAGCCCAUUAAAAUAAUUCUCUAUCCAAAGUGCCAUUGGGAAAUUGGAUAAAGGUGCUCCUACUACAGAACUGAAUGGCAGACUAAGAGCGUACUUCCUAGGACUAUAUCUUUUCUGUCUUAAUAAGCACAGGACAAGAAAAGGAAAAGAGAAAUGAACUCUCAUAUACAAGCCUGCCUUCCUUCCCUGCAUCCCAGAAGUUCCCGUCUUGCUAAUUUAUAAGCUGGAAAUAGAGAAGGACAAGCAUUUAUUUACAUUAUAUCUUACAGUCUCUCUUUUUCUGCAUCUUAAUUAGAUUCAUUUCCAAAUAUUGCACCCCUAUUUCUCUCAUUCAAGUAGGAGUCUCCAGGUCAGUUUGUCCUUUUGUUUAUACUCUCACUGAUGUUUGAUGCUUUUGUAUCCAUAGAUCCUUCGACAAUUUCUUACUUUGUAUGCUUGCCAACUCAUCCUCACCCACCAAACUAGAUUUUGCUUCAGACGAUAUGUAUUCAAGAUCCCAACACUAGAAUUUGGCAAACAUAAAUGGCAUAAUAAGUAUGAUGAUGAUAUGUCUGAAACUCUAGCCCUGAGGGUAAAUGCUUCAAUGACAGGAAAACAAUAAUGCAUGUAUAAAUACAAUUGCAGGUUUUGUGACUGACUCUGUGAAGUUGGUGCUUAACGUUUUUAUAUUUUGGAAUUAUAAUGUAAAGAUUAUUUAAUUUGCAGAUGGCUUUAAAAUUGAAGUAAUAACCUGAUAUAGAAGGAGGCAUAAUUUAAAAUAUUUAGUAGAUAUGUUUCAUCUGUAUUGCCUUAUUUCUAGAUAUGUAAAAAAGUUGGGAUACAAACCUACUAAUGGAUAAAGUUAGCCCGAGAACUCCAUUUUGCUGUGUGUUAUAUACCAAGUGACAUUGUGUAUUAAUCCAAUUUUGAUUCUGCUAGUUUUUAGCAACAAAAUUAUGUUCAUAAUAUUUUGUUAAUCAUUUAUGAAUUAUAAGUAAAUAAAAUUAUCUGAAAAUCUCCAAAAAAUAAAUAAAUACAUUUGCAGAUGUUGUACUUUUAGGUCUAAAUAGAUAUGUAUAUUAAGAAAAGUUUGUGCAUCCUAAAUAUUCUAAUUUUUCUUUUUCAUUGUAUUUACCUGGAUGGUGUGUACACUUGCUAAAGAAGAGACA